AGCAGCAGCCAGACAGUCACUGUAUGAUACACAUUGCCAGCAGCAGCAGCAGGUAGCAGCUACGUACACAGCUCUCCAUUUGCUGCUGCUGCUGCAGACUUUGUUGUGGAUUGAUCACAUGUAGAGACCCCCAGCUAUACAGCCGCAGUGUACAUACAGUAGCCACACACAGACCCGGGUGCACACCCUCACACGCAGCAUGAUGAACGGAUUCUCUCCCGAGGAGUUACACCGGGACAGUGGCGGAGAGGUCACCUCCCCUACAGCUGCCAUAGCAGCUGCAGCCACCCUGGUCCCUGCCGUCGCCCUGGGUCCCCUGAACGGACAGCUGUGCUGCCUGCGGGACGAGGGGGAGAGGUGCCCCCGGCCUGCGGGCAAUGCCAGCUUCAGCAAAAGGAUCCAGAGGAGCAUUUCCCAGAAGAAGGUGAAGAUAGACCUGGACAAAACAGCGAGACAUCUUUAUAUUUGCGAUUUCCACAAGAACUUAAUUCAGAGUGUAAGAAACAGACGAAAAAGGAAGGGUAGUGAUGAUGAUGAUGAUGAAGGUGACUCUCCGGUUCAUGAUGCAGAUACCCCAGAGGUAGACCUUUUCCAGUUACAAGUGAACACACUAAGAAGAUAUAAGCGGCAUUUCAAACUCCAAGCAAGGCCUGGUCUGAAUAAAGCGCAGCUUGUUGAAAUAAUUGGCGGUCAUUUCCGGACACUUCCAGUGAAUGAAAAGGACACACUCACAUAUUUCAUCUGCUCAGUGAAGAACGAGAAAAAUAAAUCAGAUCACAAGACAGAUGGAAUUCUUCAUUAGAGCAAAUCCAUCUAUGUUUUGUGGACAUUUACAUCUGCUUGGAGGUCACCACAAGCUUUGGAAAGAAUGGACGCUUCUAAAUAAAAAUAACUGUUAUUUUAGUGAUUUCAGUGGAAAUGGUAAUUAAUGUAACAUCGGAGGUUUAACUUUGAUUCCUAAACCUAAUUUAGAGGGAUAUUUUUUUGUGCAUGACAUUGACUACUAUAACCUGACAAGAAUGUUCUCAUCAGACAUAAGUCAAGCAAUAAUUCAGUAUUCUUAUAGCUGUACAACUAAUAACAAAUACGUUAUAUCUGGUAAGUAGGGAUAUUGUGGCCUAAUAAAUAUACACAUAUAAGCUGUAUACUGUCCAAGCAGUUCUGUAAGUGUUCUGCAAGGAACAGUGGGGGCGUGCACUAUAAAACAGCGGUAUACAGGGCCAUGUGAACGUUACCGUCUCACAUGACCCUAGAGGCGGCACCAUCGCUGCCUCUCACGUAUGUUGCUUCUGGCUAGCGGGGUCCCUGCCAUUGCUGCAGUUGGGAUGCAGUCAAAUUACCUACAAUCAAAAUCCCGACAACCAUUGACUGAUGGUCAAAAUCACGACAAGGUCAAAAUACCGACAUUUAUAAUACCGACAUGGUUAAAAUACUGACAUUUAAAAUACUGACAGGUCAAAAAGUCGACAUGAGUUUUUCAUGAUUUUUUUUUUAAAUUGAAACCGACUUGUUCAUACUUUACCAUCCCAGUGGACCUGGAGGGGGAAUAUAAUAGUGCCCGAAGUGCUGUCGCCAUACGAGGGGACGCGGUACACUUAUAUAGUGUCCAUGUCAACCUAUGUCGACAUACACACCAAAAAACAAUGAAAAAAUUGUGUCGACUUUUGACCUGUUGACAGUUAAAAUGUCGGUAUUUUGACUUUGUCUGGAUUUUUAACUUGUCUGGAUUUUGAACUUAGGUCAAUUGUUGUCGGUAUUUUGACCGUCGAGAUUUUGAUUGUAGGUAUUUCACACCGAUCCCCUGCAGUUCCACCCGGAGCACCCAUUGGACGCUGCAGGCUUGCACCUUGCAGUCUGUACAGCAGCUCGGAGCAUCCUUAGGACUCUCUGGUCAGUGUUGGCAGUUCCAUGAUGUCAUGAGAUCAGAGGAUGGAGCUGGCAAAGGGCGCAUUGCUCUUUGCCAUUAUCUAUUACACAGAAUCAGUGUGUUGGCAUUGGACACUGGGCCUGAGUCAUGUUUGUAAUUUAAAACGAAAAGCAAUUAACUUUUUGUCUGGAACAAACCAUGUUGCCAUGCAAAGGAAGCAAAUACAUUUUUAUUGUUUAUAUGCAGGGUAAAUACUGUCUGCUAUUGCAUGUAGCCCACAAAUGCUAGACACCUUUAUUUUUACACUGCAAUUUAGAUUUCAGUUUGAACACAUCCCAUCCAAAUCUAAUCUCUCUGCACAUGUUACAUCUACCCCACCUGCAUGGUUUAGACCAGUUGUGUGCUUUUUUCUUUACUUUCAAACAUGGAUCAGGCCCACUGCUUGGUGUAGAAAUAUAGUGAAUUAUUAUAUGUUGGACAGGGCCGGUGCGAGGGCCCUCGGCGCCCCGGGCAGGGAAUGGGGGCGUGGCUUAAUACAGGGGGCGUGGUCAGUUACGCCCCCUGUACAGCAGAAGCGCCGCUUAAAUGCUGAG